AUGACGCUUUUGAAUCUGGCUAGCCUCGCAGGCCCGGACGUCACUCCCACGCUGGAGUCUUGUCAGAAUCUCUGCAUAUCUACUGCGGCUUGCAAAGGCAUUGAGUACAGAAACGGCUGGUGUGAGAUCUGGAGGCGUCCGGAAGGCAUUGGGGCCGUGGCAGUUUCUCCUGGUGCAGACUGCUUGCGCUAUGAGCCCUUUGUAGAUGUCGAGGGUGGUUUGGACCGAGUUUGCAGGGGCGCAGAUCCAGCAGACUCCUGGAGCAGCUAUUACGAGGUUUCGGCCGCAGCUUCGCUUCGAGAAUGCAAAGAUGCCUGCCUCAGCCGCUGGAACUGUCAAGGCAUCGAGUACAGGAGGGGUCGUUGUGAGGUUUGGACAAGGCCCGCAGGCAUCCAGGCUUCUGCCCCGAGUGUGGGCUCGCUCUGCCUGCGCCUUGGCACCUUGACGCAGGCUACGGAUGCUUUCCUGGCCUUCCAGGGAGGCAGCGACAGGUCUUGCCGCGGCUCGAAUCCCUCGGAUGAUCAGCUUAGUUAUUAUGACUGGCACGGGCCAGCUGCUGUCGAGACUUUAGAGCAGUGCAAGCUGCGGUGCGCUGCCACUCCAAGCUGCAGAGCCAUUGACUUCAGUGCAGAGGGGUGCAAAGUCUGGACAAGGGAAGUUCAAAGCAGCGCUGAGGUUGCAAAUUACACAUGCCUGCUCUUCGAGCCCUUCCAGCCAGUCAACGGAGGAGACGGCCGUGAAUGCCGGGGUGAGGAUGCAUCAGACAUCUCCAGCAGCGAUUACACACAAAGUUCGGCCGCUUCCCUUGCAAGCUGCAGGUUGACGUGUGCUGAGACCUCUGGCUGCACCGGCAUCUCCUACGAUGGAACCAACUGCCGGGUUUGGACUACUGGCAUUCGGGCUUCCGUUGCGUUGGAAGGAAGCACGUGCCUGCGGUAUGAGGCGUUCAUAGAUGUGAAUGGAGGGCAGGACCAAUCUUGCCGAGGAGGGCACAUCUUCGACAACUCCGCCUCUUACUACAGAUCCUACACUCUGUCACAGAUUCCCAACCUGGAGAGCUGCAAAGUCGAGUGUGUUGGCAGAGCCAGUUGCAAGGGCCUUGACUUCAGCGCUUUGACUGGCUGCAAGGUCUGGUCCAGGGUGCAGGGCAUCGAAGCCACAGCGCCGACCCCGGGCUCCACCUGCGUUCGGUAUGGAGUGCCUGACCCGCUGCGCUCGGCGGAUGCCUUCCCGGGCAUGGAUGGAGGGGUCAACCGAGCUUGCAGAGGCGCCAACGAGAGCGACAACAGCGACCAGAACUGGAUCUUCUAUCCCAUCUCCCAGGUCCGAACCCUGGAAGCAUGUCAGCUGCGAUGCAUCUUCAAGCCUGGCUGUGUCGGAGUGGAGUUCAACCUCUGGGGCUGCGAGGUGUGGAUGCGGCCGGGGGGUAUCCAGGCCUCUGUGUAUGCUGCGGGCUACCAGUGCUUUCGCUUCAAGCCCUUUGUUUCGGCAGACGGCUUCGAAGACCGAGCCUGUCGUGGAAGCGACGUCUCAGACAACUUGGGGUCCUAUCUGAUCUUCUAUGGCAGGACAGCCGACGGACCCUAUGACGGACAGAGGUCAACCUGCGAGCAUCUGUGUGCGUCAACGUCUGGGUGCAAAGGCAUCGAGUUCAGCCCUGGCCACUGCGAAGUGUGGACGCGCGAAGAAGGCAUUGGUGCGACAGCUGCGUCCACGGGUGCUUCGUGCCUGCGCCCCUUGGAAGGCAAUCUGUCGACGGACUGCAAGCAGCUCUGCAUGAGCACGCCUGGCUGCAAUGGCAUCGAGUAUAGCAAUUUCGGCAGAUGCGAGCUGUGGACCCGAGCGAGGGGGAUCGGAAGCUCCUCAGCGGCUGUGGGAUUCGUGUGCAUGCGGUACGGCUCCUGGGAUCCUUCGGAUGUCAUCGAUGGCUUCUUACCAGCUGAUGGAGCUCUGGAUAGGGCUUGUCGUGGCCAGAACCGGACCGACAUGGAUCCUUCCCACUUUUCCUUCUACGCGCCGGACAUCGCACCCAGCCUGGGGGCCUGCAAGGCCAUCUGCACAGUUACUCCCGGCUGCAAGGGCGUGGAGUACAGCGACUUUGGAUGUGAGGUCUGGACACGCAAAGAAGGCAUCGAGGCAACAGCUGAAGUGGUUGGCUUCCAAUGCUACCGCUACGCUGCGUUUGAGCCCGUGGAUGGAGGCCAGGACCGAGCCUGCCGCGGCGCAGACAGCCAAGAUGCAUCUUCAGAAAAUUACAUCUUCCACAGCACCUCUGAGGCUCCUUCCCUAGACAGUUGUCAGGCAAGGUGUGUUGCCAGACCUGGCUGUAGAGGCGUCUCUUACGACAGCAAUGGAUGCCAGCUUUGGACUCGUCCGUUUGGCAUCGAGGCCACGGUGGCCAGUCCAGAAAGUUCGUGCUUCCGGCAUGAGCCUUUCACUGCAGCUGAUGGAGGUAAAGACCGUUCCUGCCGAGGUGCUCAACCUUGGGAUGACAAUCCAGAACACUACCGAGAAGCAAUGCUGUCACUACCAACGCUGGCGGCCUGCAAGGUGGCUUGUGUCAACUCGCCCGGCUGCAAAGGCAUCGAGUUUCAGCCAACCGGCAAGUGCUUGAUAUGGACGCGCCCAGGAGGAAUCGAUGCAACUGCAACCGCCUUCGGUUCCAUCUGUCUGAGGCAUGGCGCAACCCAAGCUGGAGCAAGUGAAGAAGGAAGCCUGGUUGGCCAGAUCCACCUGGCAUCUGAUCCAAGGCUAUGCCUUCAAGUUGCAGGCACUUCGAAUGGAGAUGCUCUGCAAGUUGGCCAAUGCACCACUGCGACUCGUUUCAUGAUGUACACCGAUGACACGGCGCAAAUUCGCUUAGCGGAUGACUCCACCAAGUGCCUCGACGUUUCGGGUGGUGUCAGAAGUAACGGCACCCGGAUCCAGAUUUGGAGUUGCGAAACUCCGGUCAACGGCAACAUGCAGUUUCUGCUGCCUGACAUUGGUGUGGGGCAGAUCAGGUGGGCGACCCACCUGGAGAUGUGCCUGCAGCCGCUGAGCCAAGAGUUGGGAAGCCAGGUGGUGCUGUACAACUGCAGGCGCGCCUCUGGAAACUCACGUCUCGUCAUGCCCAGCGGUGAGUGGCGUACGGUUCGUAAGCCGAAAUUUGUCGCGCACUACCUGCCCUGGUUCCUGGGCAAUAACGUGGAUGAGGCAUGUACAAGGAGUGGGCCUGCCUGUCCCUAUGCACAUGACCACUGGUGCUCCUCCUACGGGAACUCUUACUACGCAAGCUACUUGGGUGCUUAUGAUAUAACCGGUCCAGACGUGAUUGACAUCCAGCUUGACCUGAUGAAAGCCUCGGGUCUCGAUGGCCUGUGGAUUGAUUAUCAGAUGCCCACAUGGGAAGCUGUGACAGAUAGGUUGGUGGCUGGCCUCAAGGCCAGGGGCAUGGGUUUCGCCAUCAUGGUUGAUUCAGCCACGUUCCCGGAUGUCAUGACGAUGGUUGGAGAGAAGGUUGCGAACUGGACGAAGGAGCCUCACUACUACCGCCACCAGGGGCUGCCAAUCGUUCCCAUGUGGAACAACAACUUCACAAUCUUCACGCCUCUCCCCGUGAACGCCAUCUACAUUUCUCGAUAUGAGUUUGAUCCGCCUGAGUGGGCCUCUGAUACAUACACAUGGGUCCAGGACGACUACUUGGUGAGGUACUAUGAGCAAGACCAUCCUGUUGUCUCUUCUGGCUCAGCGUUCCGUGGUUAUCGUGAUUGUUACUUUGACAAGACUCUCAAGGAGCCCAAUGUCACACAGUUGGACAUCACCUUAAAUCGAGCCAGGCAGCACCGACCAGAGUACGUCCAGCUAGUCACGUGGAAUGAUUACACGGAGGGCACCCAGCUGGAGCCCAGCUGGAUACGAAGGGAGGGUGAGUGUGUGGACGUUUGCGGAGAGCUGCUUGCCUGCACCUACUUCCAGCGCUUCAUCUUGAAAUGCGCUCCUCCGCCUCCUCCUCCCACACAACCAACUUUCAUGAUGCCGAUCAUUCUUCUAAUUUCUCCUGCCAUCAAUCAUGUCAUUUUGCCACUACCUAAUCCUCACUACGGUGAUGCAUAUGAUUUGAUGUACAGCGGCAAGCUCAGAAGCCAAUGGGCUACAGGCACAAGCUAG